GACUAUAUAAAGCCACCUUCCUGGAGUCUUGAGGACAGAAAUAGAGGAGCAGCCAUGGCCUCUCCACAGCGUCAAGGGAGCCUCCAGGAUCUCAACAUCUGCCUUCCCAGAACCCUGUUCCUCCUAGCCCUUUUGGGCGGGGUGUCCAGCCACAAGGAAUGUCUGAUACUGCAAUCGGCUGAGGGCAGCACCGUCUCCUGCCAUGGUCCCACUGAGUUUCCGAGCUCCCUCCCCGCCGACACUGUCCAUCUGUCAGUGGAAUUCUCCAACCUGACGGAACUGCCCGCCGCCGCCCUGCAAGGGUGUCCAGGUCUGCGGGAGCUGCACCUCUCCAGCAACCGCCUGCAGGAGCUGUCCCCCGGGCUGCUGGCUCCCGUGCCCCGGCUGCGCGUCCUGGAUCUGACCCGCAAUGCUCUCCGCAGCCUGCCCCCCGGCUUGUUCCGCACCUCGGCCGCCCUGAGAACCCUGGUCCUGAGGGAGAACCAGCUGCGGGCGGUGAGCGCGCGCUGGCUGCAGGGCCUGCACGCCCUGGGCCACUUGGACCUGGCAGAGAACGGGCUGCGCUCGCUGCCCGCCGGGCUCCUCUCCAGCCUCGGCGCCCUGCACACCCUCGACCUUGGGCACAACCUGCUGGAGUCGCUGCCCGAGGGACUCCUGAAGGGCCCAAGGCAGCUGCAGCGCCUGCACCUGGAAGGGAACCGGCUUCGGAGGCUGGGGGAUGGCCUGCUUGCGCCCCAACCAUCCCUGCGCGUCCUGUUUCUGAACGACAAUCAGCUGGCCGCGGUGGCGGCCGGUUCCUUCCGGGGUCUAAAGCAGCUGGACAUGUUGGACCUGUCCAAUAACUCUCUGUCCAGCACGCCCGCGGGCCUGUGGGGGUUCCUGGGGAGGCCGACCCGCGACAUGCAGGACGGCUUCGACAUCUCCCACAACCCCUGGGUCUGUGACAAGGACCUUGUGGACCUGUACCGCUGGCUGGACGCCAACCGACACAAGAUGUUCUCUCAGAACGACACGCGCUGUGCGGGGCCCGAGGCCGUGAGGGGACGGCGGCUGCUGGACGUGGCAGAGCUGGGGUCCCUGUGAGGAUGGCGACUGGGGUGCGGACCAAGGGCACCCCGCUCGCUCGCCACUGAGCCAGUCUGAUCCCCUGUCAGCGCAGAUUCCCAGCACCUGCAUUCCCUGUUUCCGCUACCGCCUGGCUCCCUCGCUGGCUCCUCCCCGCUCGCUUGCCCCAACUCUUCGGCCUGUGCGGGACCCCAGGCCACCAUGGGCUUACCUGGCGUUGCCUCGUCUGUUUCAGCGGUCACCAAAGCAGUUAAUAAAACAGCUCCCAGGCUGACUGAACAGC